UCUCACCCUCCCCCCUCAUCCUCAUCUUUUCCACGCCCAUAUGGCCCGCCAUGGGAAGUCCAAGGCUCGGGCCAAAAGGCCACCCGCAAUGUUCCACUCACCAUCGCCACAUCGAUUUACCAUGCAGCAGGAGGCCCGCAACACCGAAACGCAUACGAGAGACUGGCAAAGUAGCACACUUCGCAAAAAUCCUGUGAAGUUUGUCAAAGCCGGGGAGUUACAACGGAGUGAAUUCGAGACGGUCGACCAAGCAGAUCAAGAAAGCGAAGGCCAGGCGGGAGAUGACGCGAAGGAGUCAUCGCCCGCCGUGGUCAGCCCACCAGAGCCAACGCAAGAGAACACCGAGUUUGGAUUCUUCUUUGAUGCCACGCCUCAGUCUGUGACCGACACGGGGCUCCCAGACCCGAUCAUACGAACUCAAUUGAGCGAUCUCGAUGACUCGAGCGAGGACGAAGUGGUGUUCACAGGACGGAAAACCGGCACGAGGCCCAUCGUGAUUGAGACCAGCAAAGAAGAGCUCCGAGAAUUGCUACGUGCACCACAGACGGUGCCCUUGACGAAACAACAUGAACCAACCGUGGCAGACGCCCCGGCGAGACACAAUCCCCGGUCGGAGCCGAGCCAGAACCGCGAGCAGCCACAUACACAGGACACACGCAGAUGGACACGAGAAGAUGAGGACAACAUGCUGGCAGAUUAUAUCGCCAACAUGGACACUGAUUACCAGGAGGACAUCAUCUCCCACAUUCAGGUCGAGCUCGAAGGUGGCAUUGACGUUGCCCAGGCUGCCGCGGACUCGAAGUCAUCUGCCCAUGGUCAGGACAACGCCGACGAGCUACUGACUCAGCUGGAUCCUACUCAGCCGGAGUCUGUCUCGAAGGAGGCACAAGUUCAAAACUCGAUUGAGGACCUAGUGCUGUCUCGGAUGCACCUCGAUACGGAACCAGACCAAGUCCCCGACUCGAGCGAUAACGAUGACGAUGACGACGACGACGACGACGAAGAUGAAGAUGAAGACGAAGAAGACGUGGAUCUUGAUUCGACGGAUGAAUUCUUUGUGGAAUCCGACGACGAGGAUCUGGAUACAGAACUGCUGGAAGACCUAGCGAUCAACUAUCUUGCAGAUAAGAAGAAAGGAGGUCGCUCCGGGAAAGUGCAAUUUGCAUCGGCCACGGCAUUUGCAGAUGCUCUCGAGGCAGAUCCAUAUUAUGGACUCGACAUGAUGGAUUUCAAUCGACCAAGUUUACAGAAGAAGGGCAAGGGCAAGAAACCGCCUGCUUUGGACAUGAUGUUCUCUGACAGCGACCUUGAAGCCCACCUUCACGAAGUGUGGCAAACUGAUCGCAAGAAGAAGAAGGCAAGGAAGCAGGAACGAGAAGAGCUUCGCGCCCAAGGGUUGCUCGGUAGGAGCACCGGAGAGGCGGACCUCAAGGUCAAGUACUCCCAGGGGAUGAAUCUGGAGGAAUUGAUCACCGAGAUUCGAUCUUUCCUAUUGUCAUCAAACACUACCCUUGCACUGCCAGCCAUGACGAAGCACCGUCGAAAGACGAUCCAUGAGCUAGCAAAUGCGAUGCAUCUCAAAUCGCAAUCUCGAGGCAAUGGUCCCUCACGCUUUCCCAUUCUUAUCAAAACCUCUCGCACCCCCGCAUACACUCGCAAGACUAUUUCCAAAGUGGAUGAUUUGCUGUCCGGCAAAAAGCUCAAUCGCCGACUUUACCAGUCCUGGGGCUCAGAUGCAUCCAAGUACACCAAGUCAGUCAAGGUCAAACGGGGGGCCGCUGGCGGCGCGGUCACCUAUAUGGAUGGCGAUGUGGUCGGUGGUACUGCUCCAGAGAUCGGGGCCGGAAACAAAGGACGCGCCAUGCUAGAGAAGAUGGGAUGGAGCAGCGGCACUGCGCUCGGAGCUAUCAACAACAAGGGUAUUCUGCUCCCUGUCGCGCACGUGGUGAAGAAUUCCCGAACUGGUCUUGGAUAAGAGGACCCUAGCCGGAUUCAAUGUCAAGGAUGGAUGAAUUACCCCCUCAUUCCAUUAUCAUAUUUUGGGCCGACUGUCUCUCUUUUUUCUAUGCUAUCAAUUCUUAAUCACUAUGAAGGAUGCGCUCAAAGCGCAGUAGAGGGCUCCAUAUUACCCGUCGUCUGUACAUAGACACUGAUGCAAUACGAAUACCCCCAGCAUAGAUUUGA